AUGUUAUGCGCAUGGUCUUAUUUAAGUAUUUGUGUUGAUGCACUCUCAAGAUUAUUUGCUUACUUGUUUUCUGUAAAUGAAACGACAUUCAGAACCGAACUUGGAGUGAAUAAAGACUCAUUCUUUUGUUCGUGGUGCAAUUAA